AUGAUGGAGGGCAACUCCACUGCUGGGUCCUUCAGCCCCUUGCAGCAGUUCAGCGUUGCUGACCUUGUUGUCAUAGUGGUUUAUUUUUCCUUAAACGUUGCAGUGGGAAUCUGGUCCUCAUGCAGGGUGAACAGGAACACGGUCAGUGGCUACUUCCUUGCUGGCAGAGACAUGGCAUGGUGGCCAAUCGGCGCCUCGCUCUUUGCCAGCAGCGAGGGCUCGGGGCUCUUCAUGGGGCUGGCCGGGAGCGGAGCUGCCGGCGGGAUCGCUGUCACCGGCUUCGAGUGGAACGCGACCUAUGCUCUCCUGGCACUGGCCUGGGUGUUCGUGCCAGUCUACAUCUCAUCUGGGAUUGUCACGAUGCCCGAGUACCUCCAGCGAAGGUUUGGAGGGGAGAGGAUCAGGAUGUACCUCUCCAGCCUGUCGCUCCUCCUCUCCAUCUUCACCAAAAUCUCUACAGACCUGUACUCGGGGGCCCUCUUUGUGCAAGUCUGCCUGGGCUGGGACCUUUACCUGUCCACUGUCCUGAUGCUGCUGGUCACAGGGCUCUACACCAUUGCAGGAGGGCUGGUGGCUGUCAUCUACACUGACACCCUGCAGACGCUCAUCAUGGUCCUUGGAGCCAUCGUGCUGGCAGUGAAAGCUUUUGAUGAGAUUGGAGGUUACCCCAACCUGGAAGAGGCCUAUUUAAAAGCUGUGCCAUCCAAGAUUAUUCCCAACACUACCUGCCACCUGCCCAGAGCGGAUGCCAUGCACCUCUUCCGAGAUCCAGUCUCUGGAGAUCUGCCCUGGACUGGGAUGACUUUUGGGCUGUCUAUCAUGGCCACGUGGUACUGGUGCACUGACCAGGUCAUUGUCCAGCGGUCGCUCUCUGCCAAGAACCUGAGUCAUGCCAAGGCCGGCUCCAUCUUGGCCAGCUACCUGAAGAUGCUGCCCUUGUUCCUUAUCAUCAUGCCAGGGAUGAUCAGCAGGGUCCUGUACCCAGAUGCCGUGGCCUGCGUGGACCCCGAGGAGUGCUCCCGCGUGUGUGGGGCCGCAGUGGGCUGUUCUAACAUCGCCUACCCUAAGCUGGUGGUCGAGCUGAUGCCCAGUGGGCUGCGGGGUCUGAUGAUCGCGGUGAUGAUGGCUGCUCUCAUGUCAUCCCUGACCUCCAUAUUCAACAGCAGCAGCACCCUCUUCACCAUGGACAUCUGGGGGAAGCUGAGGCCGGGGGCUGGCGAGCGGGAGCUGCUCUUGGUGGGCAGGGUGGUCACGGUGGUGCUGGUGGCCCUCAGCGUGGUCUGGAUCCCCAUCCUGCAGAGCUCCAGUGGUGGCCAGCUCUAUGUCUACAUCCAGGCUGUUACCAGCUACCUGGCUCCUCCUGUCACUGCUGUCUUCAUCCUGGCUGUCUUCUGGCCUCGAGCCACCGAGCAGGGAGCUUUCUGGGGCCUGAUGCUGGGGCUGGUGCUGGGGCUGGCCAGGAUGGGGCUGGAGCUGGUGCAUCCCCCACCCCGCUGUGGGGUCCCUGACCAGCGUCCCUGGCUGCUCACUGACAUCCACUACCUGCACUUUGCUGUUCUUCUCUGCACUGCCACGGGUGCCAUCGUGGUGGGGGGCAGCCUGAUGACCUCCCCACCCCCCUCAACCCAGCUAAAGGAUCUCACCUGGUGGACCCUCUCGCAGGAAUCCCCCCAAAUAUCUGUGGAUGGCACAUCCCAGGGACUCCCCAAUGGUGAGGACACCAUGGAACCCCCCUUCUGGGCCCGGGUCUGUGGCAUCAACGCCCUCGUCCUGAUGUGUGUCAAUAUUUUCUGCUAUGCCUAUUUUGCCUAG